GAAAGAAAUUUGCUCUGAUUUCGUUUCCUGUGUUAAGCAGAGACUCCUCCCUCCUUUCCUCCCUCUCUCUCUCUCUCUCCCUCCUGGAUUGUGAACUUUCUCAUUAUUUGCACUUUGCUGUGUCCGCAUCCAUCUGGAGAGAAGCCUGUGGGAGGGGGAGCCCCGGGGGGCUGGUAUUUGGACGAUGUGGGGAGAUGAAGACUAUGAUUCCACUUGGGCAGAGAGCGAAGGGGAAGGGGAGCCCGAGUCAGCAGCGACCUCCCCGAAACCAGCCGUACCACCCUGGAACCUGAGGACCCGGAAAGAGACUGACCCAAGACCUGAGAAGCGAAACUAUUUGAAAUAUGACUCAGCACAUCGCUGGCGAAAUUGGAGGGCAGCAAAGGACCUACAGCGCUAUCGACAUGGUUACCCUGAUUUAGAUGAUAAAGUGAAGAAUAAUGAUAACAUUAACUUCAAGUUCUACAUGAAUCAGACACCUUCUCAGCCAGAUGAAAGGACCAUUGAACAUAUAAUUCAGAAUUGGAAAGGAAAAUAUCAACAUUUGGAGAAGAGUCAUUCGUACAUCCAAUGGCUGUUCCCGUUGCGUGAACCCGGAAUGAAUUGGCACGCCAAGGAGCUCUCAAGACAAGAAAUUGAGUUAUUCAGAAAUUCUAAAGAUGCAACACAGAGGCUAAUUAAAGUGUACGAGAUAAUGCUGGAUUUUUAUGGCAUUAAAUUAGUAAAUCGGAAAACUGGAGCAGUGAAACGAGCUCCUCACUGGAAAGAGCGAUUCGACAACCUCAAUCAACGCUCACACAAUAAUCUCCGCAUCACUCGGAUACUGAAGUGCCUUGGAGAGAUGGGCUUUGAGCAUUAUCAGCCGCCAUUGGUAAAGUUUUUCCUAACAGAAACAUUGGUGCAUAACCAGCUGCCCAACGUUAAAGAGAGUGUCUUGGAUUACUUUCUUUAUACCAUUCGAAGUAAAAUUGAGAGAAGGAAGCUGAUACUGUACGCCCAGAAGCAUUAUCGGCCAGCUGCAGACUUCGUCUGGGGCCCUCCCAAAGAAAUGGAACACCGGUUUAAGCAUAUUCGUGAGGAACUCUGGAAGGAAGAGGAGGAAACAGUGAGUGAGGAUAUGUCAGAUGAAGACACAUUGGCAAAAGGUGGAGAAAGCAGUUCCUUACCAUCAGACUCAGAUGAAGGCCACAGGUCAAAGCAGAGACGGGUAAUGAAAGAAAGGCCUUCAGAUUCUAGGGAGAAGAGCUCAACGUGUCAGAAGGACACAGAUGAGACAUUGGAGUAUCAAGUCGAGACUGAAAAACCUGAUGGGACCGUAGAUCAGGAGAGGUGUAAUGCUGAAGAGAAGAGCGACGGUGAUGGGAUAUCUCCAGCCUCUGAAAAUAAGUGCAAUGAAAAUGGUGAAAAGCAAAUUGAAUGUGAAGAGGUGACUGUUGUGGGAAGUAUUAAAGCAGAUGCUGAAGACUUGGUGCAAGAUGUUGACGUACCUGAGAACAGCCAAACCAAGCAUGAGCGAAUGGAGGCUGAUGUGGGAACACAAGAAAUGGAAGGUGAAGCUACCUGCCAAAUGGGAAAGGAAUUGUUAGUGCAUUCAGGCAAAGCAGGACUGUCUAUUAACGAAACAUAUUCCGAGCCAAAAGGCCGAGAAGAAACAGAUAUGCCAGUUAUGGAAGGCAAAAUUGUGAAGAGAAAAACAGAAGAGGGGCUUGAUGAGAGAGCUGAGCCGGAGCAUGUGAUCACUGAAGCAGGUAGCCUUGCAACUGAAGAAAGUAAAACUAGCAAUAUAUCAAAGGAUGAGGUGGAUAAGCCAGAAGUGAUUACCAAAGAAACUGAUAAGUCUCUGAAAGAAGAAACAGCAAUCAGCAAUACAGAACAGAAGAAUAUGUCAACUGAAUUAGAAGGUGAAAGCGAAUCUGAAAGAAAUAUUCCACAUCCUGCAAAUGAUGAAAGUGAAUGCACAGAAGAAAUGGAAACACAAGAAGUGGGACUGCUGGAAGCUGGAAAAGAUCCUGUAGGUCUAUGUAUGGAAAUGGAGAUGGAAGCUAGUAAAUGUGCAGGAGAAGAAGAUGUAGAAAUGGAAGAUGACCAGCAAACAACUUCAUCUUCAUAAAGCAGCAACUUUAUUGCUUUACAAGAGAAGACUAGAGAACCACUUUAGGAUAUGACUUUGAAGAAGAACCCCAAGCUUCCCAUCAAAUGCAGGAUUUCAAACAAAUAGGUUCUGCUACUCAGUAGCUUUGAGGAUUGGGAGACAGAAAUACCUCACGUGGCUACCAUAGACCUCUCUGUGCUGGAUACUAAAUUGUAUUUAGAGGCUGGUGUGUGCAUGUGAAUAUUUAAUACUUUCAUUUUUAAAUAAAGUGCUGAUAGCAGGUGAAGUUAA